CUGCUCUGCCUCUUCGCGCGCGGCCGAGAACAUGGGGCUGAGAAUGCAGAACGGUAGCAGGCGGAGCCAAGUGAGUGAAUACCCAGCUGUUGGCAUUCCCAGAUGUGGUCCAGCAAGUCCAUUUAAAGGACACUUGAGUACUAAGAGUAAUGCUUUCUGCAUUGACUCCUCCCAAAGCCUAACUAACCAGUACCUGAUCAGAGAUCACAUGCUGUUUCAUUACAACAAAAUUCUCUCAGCCAAAGCAGCCAUAGACUGUUCAGUGCCCAGAAGUAGGUUAGCCAGCAUCAAACUUGCUGACCAGCAAAGAAGAGAGAAACUGAAAAAGAAGAUAGCCAGAUGUGAAGAGGAAAUGAGUGUGUGUAAAACUGCCUCUCAAUCCAGCUCAAGAGAGAGUGGAAAGCUGCUGCCAUCUUCUUUUGGAAAGAGCUUCUUGGAAGCAGAAGACAAAGGCAGUCUGUUGCCCUGUGCUGGGCAGGUGCAGUGCCUCUCAAGAGCGCCAUCUCCUCACAGUCCCCAUGGCUUGGUGUGCUGCAGUCCAGGAAAUCAUGCCAGAAAACACUCUCCAAAUCCAUCCAAGGCAUUGAACUCAAACUCAAAGGUUGGUGCUUCAAGUACACCAAGAAAACGCCCUGGACUGUCAGGCAGUUGCUCUGCUGACAGUUUUGUGAGCAUCAGGCAUUCCCAGAGGCGUCAAGGAAGCAACUCCAGAGUCUGCAGUGGUGAUCUUCUAGACAGGCACUCUGAAUUCUUCACUGACAGACGAAAACCUUUUACUCCACGCACCUUAAUAUCAGAUGCUAAGUCUUUCCUGUCAGAGUACAGGUAUUACACUCCUGCUCGAAGGAGAAGGAAAAACCACACCAAGCAGCACGUGGAAGCUCAAACACAAACUGAUGUGAUCAGCUUUCCAUCUGCAGACAGGACAUCCAAGAGAAAAGUUACAAUGGAACAGCAGAAGAUUCCAUUAAAGGCUGAAGAUAGAAGACACACUGUGGAUGAGCCCGAGAGAGGAGUAGCUGCUUUUCCAAAUUCUUUCCUAAGAGAGACAUGGUUGUAUUCUCAGCAGUCUUCAGCAAGGAGGCCUAUUGAGGCUGAAGAGGAGGACCUUUCAUGUUUAGCUUUCAUGGAAGAUGUAACAAAUGAAAUUCUUAGCUUUGGGCUGUUUUCUAACAGAGUUCUGGAACAACUGUUUGAGUGUCAUAUACAAGAAAACAAGUACGGUUUGGAUGAGAGCAAAAUGCGCCGUUCGCUGGCCAUGCUAAGAGCAGAGCUGGGCUGCAGCACGGAGCACAGCCACCCCCUGGACCUGCCCGGGUUUGAAACAAUGGAAGAGCUCGAGUUUACCAGUAAAAGGCAGGGCCAAAGAAAAGCUUCAAAAAAUGAAGAGUUGUUUGAGAUCAUGGACUCAGAAGUAACACAACCAAACACAUGUGACUUACUGGUAUGCAGGGAAAGCUCAGGAGAGAUGGAGAGCAAGGAUGACUGUUCAUAUGCUGCUGAAAUGAUGGAUACUGGGACAGCGUCUGAUUCUUGUGUGAAAGCUGAAGAUCACCCAGACACUUCACCCUCAUGCGAGGCAACUUUAAACUCGAUUACUUGCGAUAGUGGUUUGGAAGCCAAGAAGGAACUUGAUGAUCUUCAGGAAAGCUUUGCAGAGGCCCUUCAGAUCUCACAUGACCAUUCAUAA